GCAUAUUCAUGAGUCGCAGUUCAGGCGCGGGUCGCGCGGAAAGAAGGGGAGCGGCUGUCUCGGAUCAGAUAAAGCCGCGUUGCCCCCACACACCGGCCGCAGACGCGCAGAGCUCUCUCCGUGCGCGUAGCUGGCUGAAGGACCGCCCGGCCGGCCGCCGAGAGCGCAGCAGUCGCCACCCGGGUGCGCCCGGGGCCCGCGCUCCCGCACUGCCCAUCAGUCCUUCCGCCCCGCUGCCCCUGCCGGAGGAGACAGAUCUUCCAGUCACUCGAUGGGGAUUCACAGGAAACCACCUGUGUUUGUCACCUUUCCACCCCUCUGUCCCAAGCGAAGUGACUACAGUACCUCUUCAUUAAUGAUGAUGAAACUGGUAUUGACUGAAUGGCGGUUAUGGUGAACCAGCCAGCCAUAUGUUUAUGGUCCAGCCAGAUACCCUUUGUUUGCCACGUGCCUCUUGCAACUGGGAGGAGCCGAGACAUUCAUCUAUACAAAGAAGAUACUGGUGUUGCCUGCCUGAGGAAUCUACCUGGAGCAGAACGAGAUAUCAUAAUUUAUCAUUAAAGAGAUCUGGUAGUAUUAUUUAUAUAGCUAGAAAAAAUAUAUGCAUUUUUGUUGCUGUUGUUUUUGUUUUUUGUUUUGGUGGUGUUAAAAAUGGCUCCACACAAUGCUGACUCGGAAUCUAUGCAAGUGCAAGAAUUACCUGUGCCCCUGCCGGACCCACAGAAAUCGGGAGACCUGGAGACUGAGAGCCGUGAUGAGACCGUCACUGAGGGGUCUGUAGACCGGAUCCCCAAGCGCCUCUGGGUGAUGCACGGGGCGGUGAUGUUUGGCAGGGAGUUCUGUUAUGCCAUGGAAACAGCAUUGGUCACACCCGUGCUGUUGCAGAUUGGCCUCCCAAAGCAGUACUACAGUCUCACAUGGUUCCUGAGCCCUGUCCUUGGCCUCAUCUUCACACCAGUCAUCGGGUCAGCAAGUGACCGCUGCACCCUAAGCUGGGGCCGCCGGCGGCCCUUCAUCCUCGCGCUCUGUGUAGGCGUCUUGCUUGGUGUCACACUGUUCCUCAACGGCUCUGCCAUAGGUUUGUCCCUUGGCGAUGUCCCCAACCAGCAGCCCAUUGGCAUCAUCCUUUCAGUGCUGGGAGUGGUGGUCCUGGACUUCAGCGCCGAUGCUACCGAGGGGCCGAUCCAUGCCUACCUGCUGGACGUAGUGAACAGUGAAGAGCAAGACAUGGCCCUCAACAUCCAUGCCUUCUCUGCUGGCCUCGGCGGUGCCACUGGCUACGUGUUGGGCGGGCUGGACUGGACACAGACCUUCCUGGGCAGCUGGUUCCAGACACAGAAUCAGGUGCUCUUCUUUUUUGCUGCCAUCAUCUUCACGGUGUCAGUGAUCCUGCAUAUCUUCAGCAUCCCAGAGGAGCCGCUCAGCCCACAGCAGGAUCGCAACUCAGAGGAAGCUGCUGGCCUGUCCAGCGCUAGGCCUGGCAGCACCUUGGCCAACACCUGCCUAAAUGCCCUUAGUCAGGGCAUGCAGGACAGCAGCCCUCCUUUCCCUGAUGAGGUACAGUCAGGACACAAGCUGGCUCUGGACUACCUGGAUGUGGAUAUCAUGCGCAGCAAGAGCGACUCUGUGCUGCAUAUGCCAGAUGCCGCACUAGAGAGGGAACCUGAGCUGCCCUUUCUAUACAACAUCAAGUCGUCCAUCUUCAAGGAUGCCUUGUAUCCCAGCACCCACCACAGCACCAGCCAGGAGCUCCUGCAGGCCAGGCUGCCCCACCUGUCCACCUUCCUCAGGGAAACUACCAAGGAGGAUGAUGCCUUGCUUGAUAAUUACUUGAAUGAAGCUAGAGUCCCAAAUGGAAGUGGCUCCCCACCGAGAAACACACUCAGCUGUGGCACCAGGGUAGACCUGAAGCCCUCAGUCACAUCCAGCUCCUCGAGGCGUUGUAGGUGUGCACUCCACCAGAAAGGCUUCAGCACCUUCUCUUACCAUGGCAAGAUGGGAUCCCACUGCUACCGUCGGGCCAGUGCAGUGGUCCUGAUCAAACCAUCCCGCAGCAUGAGUGACCUGUAUGACCUGCAGCAGCGGCAGUGGCAGCGCUGCCAACACUGGAACCAGAGUGAGGCUACCACCUCUAGUGGAGUCACAGAGAAUGAGGAUGGAGAAGGCGAGGGCAAGAUCACCGUGCGCCUGCUAUGGUUGUCCAUGCUGAAGAUGCCGAGGGAGCUGAUGCGCCUUUGCCUCUGCCACCUGCUCACCUGCUUCUCUGUCAACACUGAGGCCGUCUUCUACACUGACUUCAUGGGCCAGGUCAUCUACAGUGGGGACCCCACGGCACCAUCCAACUCCACUGAAGGGCAGGCCUACAGUGCUGGUGUGAAGAUGGGCUGCUGGGGCUUGGUCAUUUGUGCUGCCACUGGUGCUAUUUGCUCAGCCCUGCUACAGAAGUACCUAAACAACUAUGACCUGAGCAUCAGGGUGAUCUACGUGCUGGGAAUGCUGGGCUUUUCUGUGGGCACAGCUGUGAUGGCCAUGUUCCCCAAUGUCUACGUAGCCAUGGUCACCAUGAGCACCAUGGGCAUCAUAACUAUGAGCAUCUCCUACUGCCCCUAUGCCCUGCUAGGGCACUACCAUGACAUCAAAGAGUACGUUCACCACAGCCCCAGGAAUUCGAAGCGUGGGUUUGGCAUCGACUGUGCCAUCCUCUCCUGCCAAGUCUACAUCGCCCAGAUCCUGGUGGCAUCUGCUCUCGGGAGCUUGGUUGACAUUGUGGGGACUGUCCGUGUCAUUCCCAUGGUGGCCUCUGUGGGCUCUUUCUUGGGCUUGCUCACAGCUGCAUUCCUGGUGAUCUAUCCUGACGUAUCAGAGGAGGCCAAGGAAGAGCAGAAAGUCUUAUCUGUGCAGCCCACUGGUGAUGGUGAUGGCAGAGAUGACCCCUCAAUCCUGAAGCUCUCUCGGAAGGAGGGUCUGCAGGGCCCCGUGGAGAUGGAGUCUAUGGUCUGAGCUUCCACUCACACAUUCCACGUGGGAGGCAGUUGUAGGGUAGGUUUGAGUUAUUAGGCAAAAUUAUCACACUAAUUGCUUUUUUUCACAAUUAAAAAAUCAUUAGAAUUUUUUAAAUUAAGAAUCUCUUUUAAUUUCAACUGUCUUAUUCUACAUGUUUUUACACUGUAAAACAUUUAUAAUAUAGUUAUGUAACUUAGAAAAAAAUGGGAUUUUUGCCUUUCUGAAACUAUAAUGAAAAUGCAAGACCUUCAGACAAGAGCAGUGUAGUUGGUGACUAGAACACCCUUCCCAGGGAUCCCUCUGACACCCACAGGUAUGUGAGUGCCGCUCAGACCUUGUUAUGUUCCCCUGCUGUUGUCACUAUUGGAGAGCAUUAUUUAUGAUUAUUUUAAGCAAAGGGUUUUUUUUUCUACCACUUUGUUUUUCCCUCGGAGAAUCUGAUGCAUUGUGCCCAGUGUCACUGUGCUCAGGAACAGCCACACAUCAAAGCUGGAGAGGCCCCCUGAGGUGGCCACGGACAGACAGACCAAAGGAGAGACACACACCAACCCCUGGAUGGGAUUUGAACUCCCCAAUCCAGUGCUAUUUAUGUCAUCCGUGUGAGCAGGUCCAUGUGCAGACCCCACCCAGCUGUCCAUGCCUGGAGCUCCUCAGCCCAAUCCCCAGGCUCCUCCCUGUACUUUGACUCAUCUACACCUUGGCUGGAGAUGUUACAGAGCUCCAGGUGGGCACUGGCCUACAGCCCUGCUGCCAGGCUACCUUGAGUAGGGGCUGAGGGUGGGCAGCAGCCUCCAAGCAGGACACAUGAGGCAAAGCCUCCUUCGCUGCCAUGGCAGGGUAUGCUCGCUGCAACCUGUCUGAAUCUUGUGACUUUCUCACCUGCUGACCUGCUUAUCACUGGGAUUAGAGGCAACACAGACAACAGCCAAGUAUCUGGAAGCCCAACCAAGCACUGUAUUCUGGUUCCACAGGCAAGCACAACUCAAAGGCUACAGCUGUUUGGAACUUUUUCAAACCAUGGUCUCUUUAUUCAAAACUAAGCAGUUUCUGCUUUUCGUACAUAAAAUAGUCAGUCUAAGCUUUCUGAGGUCAGGAGGAAGAGGCCCUGCACAUCUCACAGACAGAAUCAAAUCUUUCAUAAUUGCUACCUCAAGUCCAUGUUUUUUAAAUAAAGUACUUUAAAAUACA